AUGCCUGAGGAUCCAGAGGCUUUUCUCACGCUUCUGGAAUCGCGAUCCCACGGAAUCCGCAUAGCUGGACAACUGUCACGUUACCAUAAGCUGUUGUCCGUAAUACAGCGAGGUAUGCCAAGCAAUUCCAGGGAUAUCUAUAUGAAUACCCCCGCUCAUGUUCCAUACGACUUGCUGAAAGAUGCACUCCUCCGUCGUAUGGCUAUUUGCGAGGAUUGGAGCAUCCAACUGCUGUUGUCUUCGAUUCAACUGGGGAACCUCAAUCCGUCCCAGUUACUGCAACAAAUGCGUGCUUUAGUGGGCAAAACGAUGUUAGACGACUCUAUACUACGUCAAACCUGGAUCCAGCGGCGCUCGCCUUACGUGUAG